AUGGGGAGGAGGCCAACAGCCGUUCUUCCCGGCGCCGCCUUUGAACUGGCAGAUGCUCAGAGCCAGGCCGGCGCCUCAGGACGGGCCAGGCCACGCUGGGGGCCGCCCGCUCAGGGGUCAGUGGGCAGAGAGGAGCGACGCCUGGCCUGUGCUGGGCUGGGGGAGGCCAGGGACACCUGCGGCUCUCCAGUGCAAGGGACCCCCGAUCUGGGGGAGAGCUACCCCCGCUGCCUGCCCUCCGGCCGCGCAUCCUCCCUUCCCGCCCCGCAUCCUCCCCUCCGGCUGCAACACCUGCUCUCCCUCCUCUUCCUGCUCACCUCCGUCUUCGUGCUGGUGGAGCACCUGGCCAUCAUCCUCACCUUCUGGGGCAGCUCCUCCCUCCACAGGCCCAUGUACUACUUUCUGGGCAUCAUGUCGUCCCUGGAGAUCUGGUACGUGUCUGACAUCAUCCCUAAGACGCUGGACGGCUUCCUCACGCAGCGGGGACGCGUCUCCUUCAUCGGCUGCAUGACUCAGCUCUACUUCUUCAGCUUCCUGUGUGCCGAGUGUGUGCUCCUGGCCUCCAUGGCCUGCGGCUGCUGCCAAGCCAUCAUGACCAUGGGGCUGUGCGUCCAGCUGGUGGCCUUCUCCUUCGUGAGUGGCUUCACCAUCUCCACGAUCAAGGUCUACUCUAUCUCCAGCGCCACGUUCUGUGGCUCCAAUGUCCUGAAGCACGUCUUCUGUGACAUCUCCCCCAUCCUCAAACUGGCCUGCACGGACUUCUCGACCGCCGAGCUGGUCGACUUCGUCCUGGCCUUCAUCAUCCUGGUGUUCCCGCUCGUGGCCACUAUGCUUUCCUAUGGACACAUCCCCCUGGCCGCCCUGCGCAUCCCCUCGGCCACGGGCUGUCGGCGAGCCUUCUCCACCUGUGCCUCCUACCUCACUGUGGUCACCAUCUUCUACACGGCCUUGAUCUUCAUGUACGUCUGGCCCCAAGCCAUUGAUUCCCGGAGCUCCAAAAAUCUCAUCUCUGCUGUUUACACUGUCCUCACCCCAAUCAUCAACCCCUUUAUCUACUGUCUGAGGAACAAAGAAUUCAAGGAUGCUCUGAAAAAGGCUCUGGACUUAGGUCAACUUUCACAGUAG